AUGUCACGCGAUAAUACAAGGGCGCACUUGCGUACCGUAAUUGGUAUCGACGUGGGAGGCACAAACACAGAUGCCGUCUUGAUAGAUGCGGAAGCAGCUCGUGCAGAUCCUGAGUCGAGUGUACUAGCCAGCUGCAAGACGCCUACAACACGCCAUGUUGGUGAGGGCAUUGCUAUUGCUCUACAGAAGGUUUUGGAGCAGCAGAUUGGAGACGCUCGCCAGGCAAUUGUCGAUAGUCUGGUCAGGAUUAACAUUGGCACUACGCAAUUCCUAAACGCUGUCAUCGAACGGGACUCAGAAAAGCUGUCGCGUGUUGCGCUUCUACGUCUCUGUGGGCCGUACACUCGCGAAUUGCCAGGCUUUGCUGGGAUUCCGCGCGAACUGCGAGGCAUCAUCGAGGGGCUUACGGUGUACCUCUCUGGUGGUCUGGAAUACAACGGUAGGCUAAUUGCACCGAUUGAUGAAGACGAAAUCCGGCAGGUAGCAACCGACUUGCGAGCCCGGAAGCUGUUUAACAUUGCCGUUGUUGGCGUCCAUACGUCAAUUGACUUUGUAAAUCGACAAGAAGAAACGGUGCAGCGAAUCCUCAGAGAAGAACUGGGCGACUCUGCAGUUAUAACGCUGUCUCGCGACAUCGCAGGUCUCGGGUUACUAGAGAGGGAAAAUGCUACCGUUAUCAACGCAGCCUUGAGACCAUUGGCAGAGACUACCGUCACUGAUCUGAGACAAUCACUCUCCUCACUUGGCAUUCGAGCACCUGUGUUUUUCACCCAGAACAACGGCACCCUCAUUUCGGCUUCUGAAGCUAAGCGACUCCCUAUACUAACCUACUUAUCCGGGCCGAUCAAUUCAUUGACGGGAGCAGCUUUUCUGUCUCAAAAGGAAGGUCCAUUUGACAAGGAUGUUAUUGUUGUUGACGUUGGGGGCACGACCACCGAUACCUGUGUUCUUCAACCCACAGGUCUACCACGACCCGCUGCUGCUUUUUCUUCGCUCUCUGGAGCACGCACCAAUUUCUCAGUUCCGGAUCUUCGAAGUAUUGGUCUAGGAGGCGGAUCUCUGGUUCAUGUUGAUCAAGAAACGGGGAAUGUCACUGUUGGUCCGGACUCUGUGGGCUAUGAACUCGAAUCGAGAUCGCAAAUAUUUGGUGGCCCUGAUUUGACCGUCACUGACGUGGUUUCUACCACUGAGAGGGGGUCUUCGAUCUUGGAACACUUGACAAAGGAAUCCUCAGAAGGAUCCAUCGAAGUUGUUUCAGAUGUAUUAGACAAGGUUGAAGAGGAAAUCGCCAGGUUACUAGCAACAGUGAUUGAUGAAGUGAAAACAGAAGCAGGACUAGUUGAUAUAAUCCUCGUCGGUGGAGGAAUAUAUCUCGUUCCAGAAAACAUCCGUGGCGUGUCAAAAAUUCUUAGACCCAGAUAUGGACAUGUUGCAAAUGCGGUCGGUGCUGCCAUGGCACGAGUAUCGCACAAAAUUGACCGAAUAGUCUCCAUUCCACAAACAUCAUCAGAGGCACAGGAACUAUCACGGCAAUGUCAGCGCACCUUGGAAGAGGCAUCAUACAAGGAAAAACAAGAGGGCAAGGCUCCAGAUUCAGUGCGAAUCGAGUUCCAGAAUGAGAACCUUCGUGUCACCGGCCAAGAAAAGACUCUGGCUGUUGUCCCUGAUCUCAUCACGGUCCUAGAUAGCGAGACUGGCAGUGCAGUAGGCACACAGGAUUACCGUUAUGGACUGCAUGUUUCGGUGAUUGUUCUCGUAGCGUCGCCCCAGUGGUCUGAAGAAGAAGGCCUCAAAAUUGGUGGUCCAGCCGCGUUCCAGCUGAAUGACGACUACAUCGCAGUUGCUCAGUACAAACCUGUUCAGUCUGUUAUAUUUGAGACGAUGGCAACACAAGCUAGUAACAGCAACGGCAAUGGCGGCAACGUCCACAAAGCAUACAUUGCUCUGGGUAGCAAUAUAGGUAUCAAAGUCAAAAGAACAAGUUCGCUAUUUGAGACGGCGCCGAUGUAUGUUCUUGAUCAAGAGCCGUUCUUGAAUGCGGCUUGUGAGGUCGAAACAAACCUCGGCCCUAUAGAGCUGCUGGAUGCCCUGCAAGCGAUUGAAAACGGUCUUGGAAGACAGAAGCUCAUUGACAAGGGUCCACGAAAUAUUGAUCUUGAUAUUUUGCUAUAUAACGACGAGAAAGUGUCUCAUCCUCGAUUGAAUAUACCGCACAAAUUGAUGCUGGAAAGGGAGUUUGUCCUACGGCCGCUCUGCCAAUUGAUACCGCAUGAGCGAGUCCCCUUGCCAGGCACAAACCUCACAUACAUCUCCGCCCUCCGCUCCCUUCCCCCCUCCGAAACAGUCCCCAUCGUCACAAGCCCCUUAUCACCACACAUUCCACCCCUGACCCCAUCCAACCCAGCAAAAAACACCCACGUCAUGGCCAUCCUCAACGUGACCCCGGACUCCUUUUCAGAUGGCGGGAAACAUUUCCAUUCCGCCCAAAACUUCAACGCCGAGCAACUGACCUCCACAAUUCGCGAAUUCCUCGCAAGUGGCGCAACAAUCAUUGACGUCGGUGGCGAAAGCACCCGUCCUAAUGCGACCCAACUCACCCCGGAAGAAGAACUAUCCCGUGUGAUCCCUGUAAUUCGACAUAUUCGUUCCCUUCCCGAGGCAGCGAAUGUCGCCAUCAGCAUCGACACAUAUCGCGCGCGCGUCGCGGCAGAGGCAUGCGCGGCGGGCGCGGAUAUUAUCAACGAUGUAUCCGCGGGCACGCUGGACGCGAAUAUGUUAUCCACCAUGGCUGCCACAGGCAAAUCAGUGAUAUUGAUGCACAUGCGCGGCACGCCAGCGACAAUGAACAAACUGACCGCAUACCCGAACGGCGUUAUUAGAGACGUCGGCACAGAGCUUCUCACUCAAAUCCGUGCUGCUGAAGAAGCAGGGAUCCCGCGCUGGCGCAUGAUUCUCGAUCCAGGACUGGGGUUCGCGAAACUCAAGGAUCAGAAUGUCGAGUUGUUACGCAAUCUGACCGAUCUGACGCACGGAAUUGAAGGGCUGGAGAAUUUCCCCUGGCUGAUUGGCACAAGUCGCAAGGCGUAUAUUGGACACAUUACGGGGGUUGAGAAGGCGAGUGAGAGGGUUUGGGGUACGGCGGCGGCUGUGACGGCGAGUGUGCAGCAGGGGGCAGAUAUUGUGAGGGUGCAUGAUGUUAGGGAGAUGGGGCAGGUGGUUAAGAUGGCUGAUGCUAUUUACCGUUACUGA